UUCCUAUUUGUUAACUACAGAGCGAGUGUUGUUUAUUGAUUUUUUUUGCUUGUGAUUAAGAAAAUACAAAAAUAUUGUAAAAAAUGAAUACUACCAAGAUUGCAGAAGGCAACGAACUAGUAAAACAGGCUGAGAAGAGCAUGAAAACAGGCCUACUUAAAUGGCGUCCAGAUUAUGAUAUUGCUGCAGAUUGUUAUACUAAAGCAGCAACCGCAUUCCGAAUAGGCAAAUCGUAUGAUCAAAGCAGAGAAUGUCUUAUGAAAGCAGCCGAUUGUCAUAAACAUAAUACAGCUUGGUUCCAUGCAGCCAAAUGUUACGAACAAGUAAUUUUAAUUUGUAAAGAAACAAAUAAUUUGUUGCAAGUUGAAGAAUUUGCCUGUAGAGCCAGUCAGUUGUAUCAGCAACAUGGCUCUCCAGAAUCGGCCGCAUCCGCUUUGGACAAGGCUUCCAAAGUUGUUGAACAAAAACAUCCCGAGAUUGCACUACGUUUCUAUCAACGAGCAUUGGAAAUAAGUAUGAUUGAGGACUCGACACGUUCUGCAGCAGAAUAUGCUUCCAAAGUAUCACGUAUUUUGGUUAAAUUACAAAUGUUUGAUCAGGCCGCUGAUGCUUUAAGGCGUGAGAUUGGUAUAAAUCAACAAACAGAAUCGUAUGGUCACAUUGGCAGACUGGCUGUUGUUUUAGUGAUGGUGCAAUUGGCAAGAGGUGAUCAGGUGGCUGCUGAAAAGGCAUUUAAGGAGUGGGGCAAUUGUUGUGAUCCCCAGGAAGUCCAAACAUUAGAAAUGUUGCUGCAAGCAUAUGAUGACGAGGAUCCUGAAACUGCUGAAAGGGCAUUGAAUUCUCCAUUCAUAAAACAUAUGGAUGUGGAGUACGCAAAGCUAGCACGACAAAUUCCUUUGCCCCAAGGCAUAUUAUCAUCCUCAAAAACAGGUGUUGUUAAAAAUGCAGCAGCUUCCUAUACGUCACCAAAUUUGGAUAUAUCGAAUUCUGAUGCUGCUGGUGCUGGUGCUGAUGCUAAAAAUGACGAAGAUGAUGAUGAUGAAGGUGGACUUUGUUAAUUUAUUAUAUAUUUUUUCCUAGCUUAAUUGUUUUAAUGCCAGUUAUUAUAUUAUAUUUGAUGUAAUUAACAGCAAUGCAAUCUAAAAAUUUCAUUCCAAAUAUAAAGUCAAAUGUCGUUAAA